GCCCCGCGGAGGGAGGGGUGAGUGGCUACUCGCAGGGCUGGAGUAGGGGCCCGGCUCGUGCUGGGAUCCGGCUUUCCGCGCCCGCCGGCUUCUGUUUGUCCUCUGCAGCGGCGCUGCUGCGGUCUGUCUCGCUGCCUCGGAGCCCGGGGCUGCAGGGGCCAGAGCGAGCACGCCUCCCGCGGCCACGGCAGCCCAGAGCAGAAACGGCCUGUGCGAUAUAUAAAUCUUGGUAGACAGCGUGGCUGCAGGCUGUGGAGCUGGAAUUCCCUGCAGCUUUCUGAGCCGAGAACGUUGGUUUGGAGUGCGGCAUCCAGCCUGCAGUCUGCAUCAUGCCAGCCUUGUCAACAGGACCUGGGAGUGACACAGGUCUGUAUGAGCUGUUGGCUGCCCUGCCAGCCCAGCUGCAGCCACAUGUGGAUAGCCAGGAAGACCUAACCUUCCUCUGGGAUAUGUUUGGUGAAAAAAGCCUGCAUUCACUGGUAAAGAUUUAUGAAAAACUACACUAUUAUGAGAGGCAGAAUCCUGUGCCCAUCCUCCACAGCGCAGCAGCCUUGGCGGAUGAUCUGGCUGAAGAGCUGCAGAACAAGCCAUUAAAUACUGAGAUCAGAGAGCUGUUGAAACUACUGUCAAAACCCAAUGUGAAGGUGAGGACAUGCAAUGAAUAUCUUCCAAAAGGCCCACUUCAGAUGAAUUUUGCUUUGAGCUUCAAUUUUCAAGCUUUGCUCUCUGUGCAUGACACUGUGGCUCAGAAGAAGUAUGAUCCAGUAUUGCCUCCUAUGCCUGAUGAUAUUGAUGAUGAGGAAGACUCAGUAAAAAUAAUCCGUCUGGUCAAAAAUAGAGAACCCCUGGGAGCCACCAUUAAGAAAGAUGAGCAGACUGGGGCCAUCAUUGUGGCCAGAAUCAUGAGAGGAGGGGCUGCAGACAGAAGUGGUCUUAUUCAUGUUGGUGAUGAACUUAGGGAAGUGAAUGGGAUACCAGUUGAGGAUAAAAAACCUGAAGAAAUCAUUCAGAUUUUGGCUCAGUCUCAGGGAGCAAUUACAUUUAAGAUCAUACCCAGCAUCAAAGAGGAGACACCAUCUAAAGAAGGCAAGAUGUUUAUCAAAGCCCUCUUUGACUAUGACCCUAAUGAGGAUAAAGCAAUUCCAUGUAAGGAAGCUGGGCUUUCUUUCAAAAAGGGAGAUAUUCUUCAGAUUAUGAGCCAAGAUGAUGCAAUGUGGUGGCAAGCGAAGCAUGAAGGUGAUGCCAAUCCCAGGGCAGGCUUGAUUCCUUCGAAGCACUUCCAGGAAAGGAGAUUGGCUCUGAGACGACCAGAAAUAAUAGUUCAGCCCCUGAAAAUUUCCAACAGGAAAUCAUAUGCUGACUAUGCUGGUAACAACAGUGGAACCUAUCUAGCUGGUUUUAGAAGAAGUUUCCGUCUAAGUAGAAAAGAUAAGAAAACAAAUAAAUCCAUGUAUGAAUGUAAGAAGAGUGAUCAAUAUGAUACAGCUGAUAUACCCACAUAUGAGGAAGUAACCCCGUAUCGGCGACAAAUGAAUGAGAAAUACAGACUUGUUGUCUUGGUUGGUCCUGUAGGUGUAGGUUUGAAUGAACUGAAACGAAAGCUGCUGAUCAGUGAUACACAGCACUAUGGUGUGACAGUGCCCCACACUACCAGAGCAAGAAGAAGCCAGGAGAGUGAUGGUGUUGAAUAUAUUUUCAUUUCCAAGCAUUUGUUUGAGACAGAUGUGCAAAAUAACAAGUUUAUUGAAUAUGGUGAAUAUAAAAACAACUACUAUGGCACAAGUAUAGACUCAAUUCGGUCUGUCCUAGCUAAAAACAAAGUUUGCUUGUUGGAUGUUCAACCUCAUACUGUGAAGCAUUUAAGGACACUAGAAUUUAAGCCCUAUGUGAUAUUUAUAAAGCCUCCAUCAAUAGAGCGUUUGAGGGAGACAAGAAAAAAUGCAAAGAUUAUUUCAAGUAGAGAUGACCAGGGUACUGCGAAGCCUUUUACAGAAGAAGACUUUGAAGAAAUGAUUAAAUCAGCACAGAUAAUGGAAAGUCAGUAUGGUCAUCUCUUUGACAAAAUUAUAGUUAAUGAUGAUCUCACCAUCGCAUUCAAAGAACUAAAAACAACUUUUGACAAAUUGGAGACAGAGACUCACUGGGUCCCAGUAAGCUGGUUACAUUCAUAACUAAGAGAGAUUUCCAUUGAUUGUAGAGUAAUGAUUAGAUCAGUUACCAUUUUGGUGGUAGGAUGUUUUUAAAAAAUCUUUAUCACGGUCAUAGAUGUGCAAUCUUGGUUAAAAUUGAAUGUUAGUUUUGUUUGUAUCUUUUUAUAGCCUUAUUUCAAACACAAUGUUUGAAUAUAAGAUCCAAAAUUGAAAUUUGUACAGUACUGUAUUCUGAGCAGUUUUGAACUUUCUGCCUUUCUUUAUAUAUAGCUCUAUCUCCAAGUUGAGGUUGACGUUUUUAGAGAGACAUAACUGGAGAAUAAAUAUUAGAGAUCAGCUGGUGUCAAACAUGGUCGCUGCCAUCAAAUCUGCUCAUUAGCACUUGCAAAGAAUUAGCUACGCAGCCUUGAGCAGCUCCAGGCAGACAGGACAGCUUUGCUGGAUUUUGGGUAGAUCAUCAUAGGGGUCCUCUUUCUAUUCUAAAAGUGCAAGCUUUUUCUGAUGUAUAUGCAGUACAGUAAGUCCUCACUUAAUGUCAUUAAUAGUGGGUAUUUAAUGACCUAUAAGGAAACCAAUUUUACCGUAAGCUAAUUGAUAUAAGCAGGAGUUAAGUUCCUAUGGCAUCUCAUCAGCGUUAUAAUGAAACUUAUGUUGAACAAAAGGACAUUAUUCGAGGACCAGUGUGUGCAUUUAAAAAUCAUUCUUAAAGGAAUUACUGAAAAACUGCCUGAGUGACCUUCUUGUUAUAGCUUGAAGGGACUUAUGAGUACUAUCUGUACUCAACAAAUAUUUACUAAGGGAAGAUAGGGCUAAAAUUUAUUAUAUAUGUAACUAAAUUUUUUCCUAUAGCAUUGAUCUUAAAAUGUUUAUAUCUUGGUGCAAGAAAUGAUUACAAAGGACAUUUUUAUUUGUAUAUCCUUAGGUAACAUUUCUAGAGUCACAAAAAAGUGUGUGUUUUUUUUAAACUGGCUUUGGAUUUUCCCAAUAAAUUAUAAGAAUGUGAUUCCUAUUCUAAAAGCAGAGAUUUGACAUGUUUCUGGUAUAGUUAAAGAAGAUAUAGUUAAAGACAAAAAUGUUAAAUAUGCACAGUUUAUCACCAUAUAUUUAAAUUGUACUAAGAUGUACUUCAGAAAACUUUUCAUGUAUUAACUUAUUUCUUCAUCAAAAUAAUUCUUAAUAUUGGCCAGGUACCACCAUAAUCUUGCCAUUUUUAAGAAGUUUAAGAAAGGCUCUUAUAAAUUUUUAGAUGGAACCUCUUAUUUUUCUUUUAUACUACUGACCUCUAGCAAGUGAAUUAUAUAGCUCAAAAUAGUAGAAAUGUUCAUAAGUUAUAUUAGAAUAUGUCCUGUCAUACUUGCAUGCAGUAAGAUCCUGCCAAUCAAAAAAUCUUUGCAUCUGUGACUUUCAAACAGAAAAAAAGAAAGGUUUUUGUUGAUUUAUAAAAGAGAGUUUAGAUGCCAUGUUUAAAGAAAAAUAGAAUGCAGUAAAAUUUUAUAUAUUUAUGAACUAUAUGAGAGGCAUAUUUUUUAAUUAUUAAAUGGGGCUACUCAUAAAAUAAAUUAUAUGUAUAGAUGGAAAUAACUUAAAAUAGUAGUUUUAUAAGUCAGGGUCAGCAUUCCAUGUAAAUAUUUGACCUUUAUUUCGUACACAGGUAGACCCACUAGCGUGUUAUAUGUGCACUGGACAUGUGGUAGCAUUAUCCACUGGAUUUCCUUCAGACAUGUCAGAUUUCAUUUUAGGAACAGAGACAAAAAGUACUGUAAUGAUAUUGACACACACCAACAUAUUUAGAUAAUCAGACUAAGUAUCACUUAACAACAUAAUCCAAACAAUGGUUUCUAUGUUUAUUAACUAAAUAGUAAACAAUAUGCUUUUUAAAAAGAGGGGGAGGGAUUGCCAAAUCCGAUCCUAAAGCCAUACUUAAAAUUGUGUGCUGGUCAAGUCUUACUUAAAUGGUUUGACUAUUGAUGAAAUUACCCUAUACAAAGAGUAAUGGGAAAUAUAUGAUAAUUUAGGCAAUAAUAUAAAUAAUUUGGCAAUCCAAAUUCUUUUUUCUGAAAUAGUUGCAUGAAUUUUUUUUUUAUUUGCAGAUAACUGCCUCAGUUCUUUACUGUAGGGGUAGAGGUAGUAUAAGAUGGUGGAGACUGAAUCCUUUUUCUUCUGGGGACUGGAGAUGUUAUAAAAAUGUAACUGUCUAAACCUUUCUCCCUUUUUAGACUGGAGCUAAAUAAUAUUUUGAAAAUAGUGUAAAGGGGGGUACUUUAAGAAAUCUUUUAUCAGGUGGUGUACAUGGUCUGGCAGGUGAAGUUUGCAUGGCCACUUGAUGCUUACAAAGGAUAUGGUUACAAUUUAAUAAGGCAGUGCCAGCUCCAAGGGCUGGUUGACAACUGUCACAAAGGCUCUUGAUUCUGUACUCUCUGCACCCCAAACUCCUCCGGCAAGGAAACGAUGGGCUGCGCACCUCCCUGUACUAGUUCUUUAAGUAACCUGCUCCCAAGACAGAGUGUCAGCCACUAUUUGAGAGAAGAGGAAUGUUUUUUAAAUCCAAAUAUUUAAUCCAAGGUCAAGAAGAAAUUUGUAUAUUCCCAUGACUAACAAAUGAGAGUCAGUUAAAAAUAAAAAGGUGGAAUUGAAAUAUAAUAUUGUACCACUAUUUUACCUACCAAUAUAGAUGUUUUUGAAUUUUUAAGGCUGACAUUCCUGGUAUUAUGUAUAUAUAGCUAAAUGAUAAUUUAAAAUUGAUGAACAUGGAAACUUCUCAGAUUUACAAAACUGUGUUGUUAAAAGCUUCCUGAAGAUAGAGUUUUAUUAUUUAUUUUCUUUAUGACUAGUAAAAAUUUAUAAAUGAAUGUAAUGGAAAACCUUUGAUCUUAAUAAAGUAUCUUCAGAUUA